AUGUAAUUAUGUUAAUUAGAAAAAACUCACAAAAUUUCUAAUAGCAAGUUUUUUUGUUAUCAUAAACAGACAAAGGAUACUUAUAUAUUAACUAUACUACCCCCAAGCGAGUUUAAUAGAUUAGUUUAUCAUUUGAAUCAUCCAAACCUAUUAUUAGUGGAGGAAUAUUGGGAAGAGAGAGGAUAAAUUUGUUCUAUGCAGAAAUGCGAAACAAUCAAUGAUUUGUAAGAAGUAAUGAACAAUAUAAAAUUAGAUAAUGUAAAAUAAUAAGUUCUCAGAAAAUACAAUAUUGACAAUACUAUAUUAAAUCAUAUCAGCUAUAUUUUAUUUGGAAUCACAAUAGGUACCAGUAACAAUAUCAUUAAAUAAUGUAUUUUUGGAUGAAUAAUUAUAAGUGAAAGUAUAAUUUAUUAUAUUUUGUUAGAUAGAUGUUUUAAACAUAAUGAAUGCAUAACUUUCAUUUGCAUCUCCUGAAGUUUUAAGAAAAGAGGUUUAGUCGUCAGGUAUAUGGAGUGUAGGAUGUAUAGCAUACUAUUUAAUGAAAUGUGAAUUGCCUUUUUAAGGAGUAAAUGAGAAAUCAAUUGCAUAUAAUAUNUAGAAAAUAAUAGAGAGCUAAAUCCAAAAAUGA